AAUUAACUUGGGGUUUCUUGUUUUCAAUAAAGAAGCUGGUGACAUCUUUGGGUAGCCCCCAUCGUUCGUCUAUCCAUCUACGUCGGUCACCCUCCUUUGGGCACAUACUGAGCACCACGGUUUUCGUCUCCUAGCACUGACAGUGCACUGCUCUCUACUAGAUAACUAGGCAGCAUGGAGCUUCAAGGAUGGCUAGCGGAGGGCUGGCAGAAAAGAACUGAACAGAAGUUAGCCGUCGCAGGAUGCCUGGCUGCUGCUUUAUCGCUGCGGAGCAGCCCGCUCAGGACAAUCUCCAGGCUGCAGGAGUUCGCACACAAACUUGUGGGAUACGGCGGCGCGGCCCUUCUCUUCAGCGGCAUCCAGGAAACAUCUCGUGCUGUGCGUGGACGCCACGACUUCCUAAACAGCGCUGUUAGCGGGGGCAUUACGGGUGCUGUGGUAGUCGGCCACUAUCAAGGCCCCCAGUACCGCAUGUUGGGGUUGCUGACGUGGAGCUCCGUGUGUGCCGUACUGCACCUCACCAACUCCCUGAUGCAACCCAGGCACCUACUGGAGGACUACCUGAUCCGUGAGGGGCUGCUGUCACCGCAGGUGGCAUUGAUGCGGGAGGCGGCAGCUGCUGCUGCGGCGGCGGCUGCAGGAGGACAGGAGCGCGGACUGCAGCGGUUUGAGCACCGGGACGUGCUGCUGGAUUCUCUGGCCAUUCGGGACCGGGAGAUGCAGCAGCUGAACGCGCGCCUCGCGGCAGGGAAGCCCGCAGCAGCAGCAGCAGGGGCGGGGGCCACCGCGUCUGCUGGUGCUGGUGCUGGUGAGGACUUGAGGGUUGAUGACAUCGCGGAUGAUGACGAGGGCUACCUGGCGUGGCUGCGCAACAACGGGUUCGAGGCGGAUGCGUUGCUGCAGCCGCGGGGGGCGGAGGCGGCAGCUGCGGGUGCAACCGCUGAGGGCAGCAGCAGUACCAGCAGCAGCAGCGGGGUCAGCAGCAAGGAGGGAGCUAAGUCAGCUGGUGGUUCCGGAGCGGGCGGGAGCAGCGGGGCGGAGGUGGCCGGGGCGGCGGCGGCGGAAGGCGCUGGGAGAAAGCGGACAUGGCGGGAGUGGUUCAGCCGCUGGAGCUGGAGGCGCUCGAAGACUGGUGGCAGCGGGAGCGGGGGCGAUGGCAGCGCGGCUAAUGGGGAGUCCCAACAGUAGCCAUCUAGCGUGGUCAGCUAGGAGCGACUGUGCUAGUGCGGCAUUUUGGGUCUGCCUGGUGGCUUCCGUUGUUGACUGUAAGAAUAAGACGCGCUUGGUACUGAAGUGGUGCUUUCAGGAGCUGAAGCAUGUCAGGGGCACCGUCAAACGGCAUGUUUCCGGUACAAAGGACAAGGAGGACGAGCAAUUACUACUAGAAUGGCAAUUAUGGCAUUAAGGGAUUAUGGGCAUUCUACCGUGCGUGCAAAUGCUGAGCAAUAAUUAAAAGAUCGGAUCGCAUUCUCGAACAAACUGUCAUUCGCACAGCCGGGAGCUGGUAUUUACUUAGCCCACGGCGAACGUAUCUUUUCUUCCAUUACCCCAAUCACUCCCUUAUUAAGCGAUAUAGCGCAGCUAGAGAAGCCUCUUAUCCAGGGAAGCUACUCGCUAUCCUGACACCACUUGCUGGGAAAUAACCGCGCUCGUGUUUAUAAACAAAGCAUAAGACAGAGGCUUUUAGGCGCCUCCGCAGCGACAUUGUUUUAUUAACCGCGUCUUCACGCCAACCGUCGUCAUCGACGUCCAUCGCUAUCAAGCCUUUCGCGCUGCGGCAUAUUUGUAAGCUAGAAUGUCUGCUGGCGGCGCAGCAGAACCUAAGAAGAUUGGGGCGGGCCUUCUUAUCUGCUGCGAGGGCUCCUGUCUGCUGCUGAAGCGCAGCGAGGACAGCGGCAACCCGGGCAGCUGGGGGCUGCCGGGCGGCAACGCGGAUGCGGCGGACGGGGGAGACCUCCUGGGCACCGCCAUGCGGGAGGCGCGCGAGGAGGUGGGGGAGCUGCCGGCGGGGCUCAAGGUGCGCGGAUCCGUGCUGACCAGGCGCGGCAAGUGCCUUCAGAAGCACUACACCGUGUUCGUGGCUAGCCUGCCCCCCACCGCCCGCAGCACCUACCAGCCCACCCUCAACCACGAACAUACCGAUUGGCGCUGGGUGGACCUCCGACAUGCGGCCGCACUCGCCGCACCGCACCUGGUCGCUGCUGCCGCUGCUGCCGCUGCUGGCACCACCCCACACAGCUGCACCCACCCACCUGCACCUGCAACGACAACCCCGAAUGCAACCGACACCAGCAGCAGCAGCAGCAGCGGCCACAACGCUGGCGGUGGCGGCG